AUGGCCGUCCCAAAACGACGGACCAGCCUCUUCUUGGUUUGCCUUGUAUUUUUCGGCUCCAAUUGUCAGACAGCUCCAGCGGUUGUAGGAGGAGGACAAGGAUGGAAGCUCGGUAAUGGCCUCAAAUAUCAGCUGACUACUACCAUUCUUUCACGUGAGUCAGGAAUUGGUACUAAGGAUGUCGGGUUUAUGUUUUCUGGGAAUUUGAUAGUAAAUGCGAUAUGGCAAGACCCAAAUGAUCAAGAUAAUUGUUUACUGGCUAUUGAGUUAUCGGAGCCCCAAUUGUGGAUAAAGUCUCGCAAAGCGCCAGAACCAGAAGGAUUUGUCGAGCACAAAUCAAAACUUGAUGACGUGUCCCUAAAACCAAUCUACGCUCUUUGGAAGCACGGAGUCAUCAAAAAAUUGUACGCCGGACAGGAUGAAACUCGUUCUUCGUUGAACCUGAAGCGAGGAUUGGCGAGUCUGCUCCAGUACCGGGUCCUGGACGGAGAUUACUUGGAGCAAGACGCUUCAGGAAAGUGCAAUGUAACUUACGAGUCAACGGGCCCGAACUCGGUCAGAAAAACCAAGAAAUUUUGCGAGCAGGAUCUGAACGUCAAGAAAGAACACCCCAGCCCUAUCAUGGGGGUGGACGUUCUGAGCUCAAGAGUCGCGGAUUACAAGUUCAAUUCCGCGGUCCUGCCGAUCGCCGUUGAAGAGUUCGAGCAACAUGAGGUCACGCUGAGAGUCAAGCCUGAAAUUGGAGCCACUGUGACUUCGCAGAGAAUUCUCAAAGAAGUUCCGGGGAACAACGUGGUCAAGAAGGUUAAUGCUGCUAGUGUUAAGGAAGCGAUGGCUCAUUUGCAACCAGGGUUCAGGGAGGUUCCAAUUGGGUUGGAAUUGGAGGCUGUUUCGUGUCCUGAAUCUGGAUGCGUCACUCUGGAGAAACUGAUUGAAGAGAACCGCGAGGCCUUAGAAACUUCAUCCCUUGGAACCGCAAAAUCCGCAGCAGCCUUCCUAAAACUGAUCCCUUUGGUCCGCGAAUCCACCGCCGAAGACUUAGUAAAGAUCCUGAAGAGUCCCAAGUACUUCACCCUAAAACCUCAGCUUCUAGAUCUCCUGGGUUCAGCAUCCACCCCGGCAACUCACCAAGCAGCAAUGAAGGUCCUGCGGUCCGACGACUCUGGCGAGGAAACCGAGCGAUAUCUUUGGGCGCUCUCAGUGUCUCCUCACCCUUACCCAGACAUCAUCAAGGCCGUGCUCAAGAAAUCCGAGGAGACUCUCCAAAACGACAAAGUCUCUGAAACUUACGCUCUCACCGCCGGAGCAAUGGCCCGCCAGCUCAAUGACCCUAUCAUCACCGAAUCAGUUCGCAUAAGCUUAGAAGUAGGUUUGGACACUUGCAACAGCGACGAGUGUCGUCAAAAGUUCCUCCGAGCGCUCAGAAAUCUCCAGAGCAAGGGUUCUAUUCCAGUUCUUCUAGACCUGGCUGUCAACGGAACCAAGUCCACUAGCAUUGCAGCCUGGCUGGCCAUCAAAUCCCUUGGAACCAUCACCAGUGAGGUAAAAAUUGCCGCUACAAGAGCCUUUUACCAAAUCGGCCCCAAAAGAGAUAGUAGCGUUCGCACAAUCGCUGCUGAUGUCCUUCUGGAGAACGAUCCAGCUAUUGAAGAACUUCGUGGGUUCCUGGAGUACUUAAGUCUCCAGGAUCCGAUGUUCGAAGUCCGGAGGUACCUCAGCCUGCGGCUGGACCAGUUGGCAGAGAAGAGUCCAGAGUUCAACGACAAGCUCCAAGCAGCUCUGGCCUUGGAAGCCUGGAGGCUCAAGAACUACAACGUCCUGGCACACAAAGGACUGAGUACUGCGUUCACAAGGCCAUUUUUGAAGUCUUCCGCCAGCAAUGGGUCGCUAGUAACCGUCCAGGAGGUCAAUUCUGGACUCCUGAAGCGUGGAAUCGUUGAUGUUGUCAUGCAAACUGCAACCGAUGAACAAGCUUUGUUUUCCCUGGGGUUGUUCGCCGGCGGGCUUGGUUCCUUUAUUUCUUCCAAUGAUGAGUCGGAGGAGUACGAACUGGCGACUGCUGGAAUGGAACUGGACUUCCUUGGAGUGGGAAUCAGGCCCUUUGUGUUCUUCACAGGACAAAGCGAAUUAAUGGGCCACGUAUGGUCCGGAACUGCCUCAGACAGGACUCCAGCAUUCCAAGCCAUUGCUAACUUGCACAGGCACCGCGAGAUGGCAGCUCUAGCUUCGGGGUUCGUAGCGGAGAUUGAGAUAGAGGGAGCAGUGAGCUUUGACCUAGCGGGACAGAUUCAACUCAGUUUGUGGUCCAGAACCGCACAAUCGUUGGUAGAAAUGGUCGCUGGAAUCGCUGUUAGAGGCGGUUCCAAGGUCAGGAGUGAGUUCGUACAGAGUUCCGCGGAAUUCGCGGUUACUGUGGAACCCAAAUUGGAACUUUCUACGGAUGUUGACUUUUCCGGACCGGUUAGUUUGUGUAUGAGACUGAUGCAGCCUGAAACUGCGGUCAAGCACCAGGUUUAUAAGAUUGAGAGGAUACCUGGGAGCAGGCAUAAGUUGAGGAAGACCAAGAGGAGUGUUGUGCCAUCACCAGCGAGGUCUUAUUUACUUAAUAGGAAGAACAAUGAAAUGUGCUCAAAGGUGUUUAGUUAG